AUGGCCGGGGCCAAGCCGGGAGUCCACGCGCUGCAGCUCAAACCCGUGUCCGUCCAUGAAGCGCUGAAGAAGGGGGGCAAAUUCAUCAAAUGGGACGAGGAACCCAACAGCGGGCCCCCCACCCUGGUAACCCUGAAAGUUGACCCAGAUGGAUUCUUCCUGUACUGGACUGGAGGGUCCAACCUGGAGGUGGAGCUCCUUGACAUCAGCACCAUCAGGGACACCAGAACAGGAAAAUACGCCAAACUACCAAAGGACCCGAAGCUGCGGGAGGUGCUUGGCUGCGGCAAGGGUGACAAUGUCGAAGGGAAGCUGGUAACUGUCGUCCAUGGCAAUGACCUGGUCAACAUCUCCUUCCACAACUUCCAGGCGAUGCAGGAAGAUACAGCCAAGAUUUGGACAGAUGAGCUGUUCACUUUGGCCACAAACAUACUUUCCCAGAAUGCAUCACGGCACACGUUCCUCCUCAAAGCGUACACUAAGUUAAAGCUGCAGGUGAAUCAGGAUGGGAAGAUUCCCGUGAAGAAUAUUCUCAAGAUGUUUUCGGAUAAGAAGAGAGUGGAGACGGCUCUGGAGCAGUGUGGCCUAGUCAAUAACAGGUCAGAGGGAAUCAAGCCAGAUGACUUCACGUGGGAGGCCUUCCAGAAGUUUCUCGACACCCUCAGUCUCCGGCCUGAGAUACAAAGCAUCUUUGAGGAAAGUGGCUCCAAGAGGAAGCCAUUCAUCUCUCUGGACCAGUUCAUGGACUUCAUUAACCGCAGGCAGCGAGACUCCAGACUGAACGAGGUGCUGUACCCCCCGCUGAAGAGAGAGCAGGUCCGACAGAUCAUGGAGAAAUAUGAGACCAAUGCCAGCCAGCUGGAGAGAGACCAGAUCAGUUUGCAGGCUUUCAGUCGGUACCUGGGAGGAGAGGAAAACACCAUCGUACCUCCUGAGAGGCUGGACCUCAUCGACGAUAUGAACCAACCGCUGUCCCACUAUUUUAUCAAUUCCUCGCACAACACAUACCUCACAGUGGGUCAGCUGACUGGUCUGUCGUCAGUGGAGAUGUACAGGCAGGUGCUGCUGACCGGCUGUCGCUGUGUAGAGCUGGACUGCUGGAAAGGCCGGCCGCAAGACGAGGAGCCCUACAUCACCCACGGGUUCACCAUGACCACUGAGAUCCCAUUUAAGGAGGUGAUCGAGGCGAUAGCAGAGAGUGCUUUCAAGACCUCACCAUACCCCCUCAUCCUGUCUUUUGAAAACCACGUAGAUUCGGCCAAGCAACAGGCCAAAAUGGCAGAGUACUGCCGGACCAUCUUUGGAGAUGCCCUGCUCAUCGAUCCCCUAGAGAAAUAUCCGCUGGACCCCGGUCAGCCCCUCCCCUCACCGCAGGAGAUGAUGGGGAAGAUUCUCAUCAAAAACAAGAAGAAACACCACCACCACCGACCCUCGAGUAGUGGCAGCAUACGACGCAGAGAGCUGGAGGAGCAGUCGUCGCCCAACAAUGACUGCCCUCUGACAGACGGUGAGGGAAGCCAGCUCCUGUCUAACGGGGAGGAGAAGUUGGCUGAGAGGAUGGUCAAAGACUCGGAGCCUCGUAAAUCCAUUGGAGGUGAGGGAGAAAGUGAGGAGGAUGAGGAGGACGAACCAGCGGCAGAGUUGAAAAAGCCAAACUCCGAUGAGGGUACAGCCAGCAGUGAGGUGAACGCCACAGAGGAGAUGUCGACUCUUGUCAACUACAUUGAACCUGUCAAAUUCAAGAGCUUCGAGGUGGCGAACAAGAGGAGGAAGUACUUUGAAAUGUCGUCUUUUGUGGAAACGAAAGGCAUGGACACCCUGAAGAGCUCCCCCAUCGAGUUUGUCGAGUACAACAAAAAUCAACUGAGCCGAAUCUACCCUAAAGGAACAAGGGUUGACAGCUCCAACUACAUGCCUCAGCUCUUCUGGAAUGUCGGCUGCCAGAUGGUGGCGCUAAACUUCCAGACCCUUGACCUCCCUAUGCAGCUGAACAUGGGUGUGUUCGAGUACAACGGCCACAGCGGCUACUUGCUGAAACCUGAGUUCAUGAGAAGGACGGACAAACACUUUGACCCUUUUACAGAAAACAUAGUGGACGGGAUAGUUGCCAAUACCAUCAAAAUUAGGGUGAUGUCAGGUCAGUUCCUGACUGAUAAAAAGGUCGGUGUGUACGUGGAAGUGGACAUGUUUGGCCUUCCUGCUGACACCAAGAGGAAGUACAGAACCAAAACGUCCAAUGGGAACUCUCUGGACCCUGUGUGGGACGAUGACAUGUUUGUUUUUAAUAAGGUGGUCCUCCCUACACUGGCCUCUCUGAGGAUAGCAGUGUUUGAAGAAAACGGCAAGUUUAUUGGACAUCGGAUCCUCCCUGUGUCAGCCAUUAGACCUGGCUACCACUACAUCAACCUAAAGAAUGAGCUGAACCAGCCCCUCCUGCUGCCCUCGCUGCUGGUUUACACUGAAGCUCAGGACUACAUCCCGAAUGAACACCAGGAAUACGCAGAGGCUCUGACCAACCCCAUUAAGCACAUCAGUCAAUUACACAAGAGAGAGACACAGCUGGCUGUUCUCAUAGAGGACAACAGUGAGCCUGUCCCUAACCAUCCCAAAGAGGGAGAGACCAAGGGAGAGUGUGAAGUCAUUCCAGGUGGUCGAUUCUCUUCCCCCUUCCACACCCUCCCCCCCUGCUCACCGGACGAAGCCCCUGACAUCCUCAAAGUACCUGCGCCAGCACCAAAUCAGAAGGAAGACCUUAUAGCCACUGUGCUGGCAGACAUCCAGGCCCAGUCUAUAGAGGAGCUGAGGCAGCAGAAGAGUUAUGUGAAGCUGCUAAAGAAACAAAGCAAAGAGCUCAAAGAGAUGCGUAAGAAACAUCUCAAGAAGGUGUGGAAUCUGAGCAAGGAGCAGAAGAGUCGGACUAGCCAGCUUCAGUCUGACACCCAGAGGAAACGCAGUCAGAUGGAGAAGCACCUCAAACGUAGCAUCAAGAAAAACGAGCCCUAUGAGCCAGUGCAGCGUGAGCUGACGGCGCUGGAUCAGGAGCUUGAGAAGCAGACGGUCCAGCUGAGGGAAUGGCAGAUGCAAGAACUGCUGAAGCUCCGACAGCAGCUCCACUCGCUGGAGAGAGAGAAGCAACAAAUACACCUGCAGGAGGCCUUCCAGAAGUUAAAGGAGACGGCGAGUGAAUGCCAAGCAGCUCAGCUGAAGAAGCUCAAGGAGACGUGUGAGAAGGAGAAGAAAGAGCUCCAGAAGAUCCUGGACAGGAAGCGUCAAAACAGCAUCAGUGAAGCCAAGAGCCGCGACAAAGACAAGGCUGAAACGGACCUGAAUGAGAUCAACAGGAAACAUAUUCAAGAUUCUGUCUCCCUAAUCCGCGGGCUGGAGGAGGCUCAGACCAGGAGACAGGAAAAGCUAACACUGAGACAACGGGAGGUGCUGCAACACUUAGAUGAUGAACUUCCACAGCUCCAGUCUCAGCUGGAGAGGGACCUGGAGCAGGAGCAUCAGCGACUACCAGAGGAAAUCUGCGAGCACCUUCAGCUGGAGCUCCAAAACAAAGGUCUCCGAAAAGACGCCCUGUUCUCGCCCUUGUCCAAUCACAGCAGCCCCAGCUCCGGCUCGGGCCCGCCCUCCAACUGCUCCACGCCCUCGUACCCGUCGACGCCCAAUCGGAGCAGCUGGAACAGGAGCAUGGACAAUAGCAUGGCCUCACUGGCAGAUUCCACUUCCUCGUCCACCACUCCCGUCCUGUCAGAGGCGGAGAUGUCGUUCAGUUAAAACUAUUACUUGUAAAAAAGAAAAUACAUACAGUACAUUCAACUGGGGUCUAUAAUGAUUAUAAUGUGGGAUAGUAAUGAUAUUAAUUAUUUACUAAUUUUAUUCCUUUUUUAUUACAGACUGUUUUUGUUCUUGUCUACAGAGCUAUAUUAUUUUUUAUUUUGCUGUUUUUGUCAGAUGCACAUCAUGACUUUUGUUGGAAGAUUUCAUAAGAAUCAUAACCAAACUUUUUUUUAACCUUUUUUACAUUUUGUCUCUGUCUUUUUAACGUCAUGUUCUUCGAGAUCUUUUUCUUAGCAUUGUUUCCAUGUUUGUCUGCUCAGUAAGUGUUGAUGUGGUUUAUCGCCACACCACGAGCUUCAUGUUCACACUGUUUUUACGAAAGCUUUCUGUUUGUAACAGCUUUAACAACUUUAUUGAUACCUUUUGAAAGCUUUAAACAGUGUAGAGAGAGAAGCGGGGUUAGAUAACGGCUGCUUUUGCUCAGAAGAACAUUGUGACAUACAUACACCUGGCCCAAGCGUUUAAUCUUAAUGGUAAGAAAAAGUCUCACUGCAAAUUUUUGAUUUUUGGUUUGGAGCAAUGUUAGACCUAUUGCUUUAUAAAGGCCUCACAUUCUACACAUAGAUGAGGAACUAUUUAAAAACUACACAUCCUUUCCACCUUCUCAAGUAAAAAGGUAAAGGUUAGAGACAUAUUUUCCAGAAUUGAGUAUCAAGAGGGAAAAUAAGGCAGAAUUUUUUUAGAGACUUUAAAAAAAAACCCUGACGUUUCAGCUGUAAUGGCAGUAGCUGACCAGCAGGCGGUGCUGCAGCAUUUGCUGUGUAAUCUAAAUUGGUGGUUUGAACUUUCCAUUCAUGCCUGAUUAUCCUAUUAUACUGUACCCUGACACACACUCACUCACACACCUGUCUCAGCAGGAUCUGCAGCGUCAUUGGUUGGGGAAAAAAAAUCUCUGGCCUUUAACCUCCGAUCGAAAUCCAGCCAAGGUCGCAUGGGGGGCGGUCAGCAGACAUCCAUCUGGCUAGAAACAAGUGUGUGUGUGUGGGUGUGUGUGUGUGUGUGUGUGUGUGUGUGUGUGGGUGGGUGUGUGUGUUUGAGGGUAAAGAAUGGUGGGUUUUAGUGACGCAACACUCACUUUCGCACACAUUCCCCACACUGUAUAUCUACUGAGGCCUCUAUGAAAGUUAUGUCCACACAUAGUGGUAUGCCACACACACACACACGGACACAGUUUAUUAGUUCAGUGGCCAAAAGCUGGUAAAAUCCUCAUCCCAUCCAAUCUAACCCCGUUUGAAAACAGGACACGCACACACACAUUCGGGAAGAACCUCAGUAAUUUUACAAAUAUCGCAGAUUAUGAGACUCUGCAUGGCAGUGUGUGUGUGUGUGUGUGUGUGUGCGUGUGUGUGUGUGUGUGUGUGUGUGUGUGUGUGUGUGUGUGGCCAGAAGUUAAUCUCUUGAUGAGACAUCUGCUCUUGCCCACUAAAUGGAAAGAGUCCGCUCAGUGUUUGUGUGUGUGUACAUGUUUGUUAUGGCAGUUAGCUUGCCACUUUUGCAGCCUAGAGAAAGACAUUGUGCUUAAAUAGCAACGCUGCUGUAGGAGACAGUCUUCAGAUGACGACUUAAAGCUGCACUAUGACGUUUAAAGUAAAAAUGCACUCGAAAUUUGGAGUCUGAAUCCCCAAAUAAGGCAAACACAUGAGGGUAUUCACUUGACUUCUAAUCACAACACUGUAGAUUUGCUCAAUUUAACAAGUUCUAAUUGUUGUAGUGUAAGAUAAUGUGGUAAGAAGUCCUGUCACAGUUUAAUUUAACUGAAGCCUCAAAAUUCAAAGAGUUACCUCUUAUCGCCAUCAUGUGUUGGUAUGAAAAACAGUUCUCGUUUCCAGAAUUACCAAUGGACAAAGGAACAGCUUAUUUGCAUUUUAUUUUAGGGUAAAUAUGCCCUUAAAACAUCCCACACAAUCUCUUAUAUACUCCAUUUAUGCCAAAUAUUGAAUGUUUGAACGGUACUUUAAGUUAAAAUUCUAUGUUUCUGUCUCUGUUGAAGCUUCCUAGCUCUUUUUUUUCAUCCAUUACUGGAGACUUUUUUAACGGCACAAUGUUUUUUUUCUUUCUCGUCUUGUCUGCUUUGAGGGGUAAAAUGAUGGCACUCUGUGUUUAUGUAUUCUGUUUAUAUGUGUAGCUUUAUGUGAAUUUUACUACUGACCACAAGUGCUGGAGAGGGAUGGAGGUCAGGAGAGGUAAAGGAAGGUUGAGGGGAGUAUUUUAAUUUCUACUUUUUCCACAAAGAAAAGAUUGUUUUUUUGUUUUUUAGAUGAGAUUCAGUGAUUCCUAUCUUGUCCUCUCCCACCUCCCUCCUUCAAUAAGCACUGGCUGCCUGUCUGUCUGAUUGUUCCCCCUCUCACACAGCCUUUGUAAACUCUCAUCUGUUUAAAUGGAAUUUUAACAACUUUUUCUUUUGUGGUUAUUUAAGUUUUUAUUGAUGGAAGAAAGGGUCCAUUCAUUCAGUGAACAAUUUGCCGAGUGUAAAAGGUUUUCAUACUUCAAACUCUCAUUACAGAUUCAUUUACAGAGCUCAGCUCCUUCAGGUUGGACACCAUAAAGAAAGCAACUUGUUGGUUUAACUUAUAAGUCAUUAGUAGGACAGCAACAACAACAUACGCCUGAUGGGGUCAGCACUUUGUUUAAAUUAUUACGCUGACUUUUUGAUCUCUGGUAAUUUAACAAUCGAUGAUUUCCAGCCUGUUCACCUCUGGCUGUCCUGCACUCACUGUGCCACACUGCAUACAGUAUGUAAAUGGUUUUGCUCAUCUAUCUUAGUUUGGACACUAAUAUAUACAGUGUGAGUAUGUUCUUUAUGCAGCAGGGUUUAAACAGCCACCAGUCUUUUCAAACCAAAAGGUUUAUUUUCUAAGAAAGUCAAAUACAUUCCUUGCUAGUCCAAGCCAUUCCUAGUCCUGUGGCAAGUAUUCAGUAACAUUUGUACAUUAUUACCAGGUACUCAGAGGUAUUUCUCUCUCUCUUAGAGGUGAAGCAUCCCAUUUUACUACAACCCUUUUUUGAUUUUUCUUUUAUUUUUGUGUAAAGUUACAGCAGUUGUUUAUUUUUAUGAGGUACAGUGGCUGUUUGCAAAAGAGUCAAUGAGCACAUUUUACUCAAGACAGUUUUUUCUUUGCACUUUGAGCUUUUUUUUUUUAUUUGGUACUAUUCCCACAGAUGCUGAUGUGUGAGGAAGUGAUAGAAGACAAAAAUAAAAAAUUGUCUACUAUAUACAGUUCUAAAAGGAAAAAUACUGGAAGACAGAAAUACUUCAGAUAUCUGAAGGUGUUUGACAUGUGAACGCAUGCUGUUCUAGAAAGUCCCCAGUGGCUUUGAAUUUAGAUGGAGAGUGUCUUUAGAUCACGAAAAACAAACCAACAUUUUGGAACUGUAUAGACAAUAUUUACUUUGUGCUGGGGGAUAAAGAUGAUGUCUGUCUAGCUGUAAUCAGUCCAAUAUAGGUUCACAGAGUAAAUGGCAUUUUGGGAGUUUGACGAGAAUCAACACCAGAUUGAUCCGUCACCCGUUAGGUCAAAUAGCUUAAAGCAGUGGCGGAGCACGGGGUGAGGGUGGGGGCUUCUUAAGAGCUGAAUCUUUUAGGUUUUUAAAAACCCCUUCAGCUUUGUGUCGUUUCCCCUCAGUCUCUCUUCCUGGACUGGCAAAUCAAAGGAGCAAAAGUUUUAUUACUUUUUAUUGGUGAUACUGUUUACACCAAAUUCCUAACCUACCUAUCAUGUUACUUAAAAAUACACAGAUAACAGACAAUUUUAGCCUCUUUCUUAGGUGGUAGGAAUGAAAAUUAGAAUGGUGACGACAAUAGGAAAACAAAUACAGGAUGAUAUAAUCAAUCUAUCAUCUCAAAUGGCUUUAAAAUUAGUUCAUAAAUGGGAAAAACAAGUUCUCCUUGGGGGAGGAUAGCCCUGGACCCCCUAGGUUUGGGCUGAGCCCCAAAUGUUUACAAUGCGUGGCUCCGCCCCUGCUGGAAAGUAGUGACAAUAUGUCAAUGAGCGGCUUUAAUAGGCGACUGCAUCAUUAGUUAGACAUAAUGACUUAAUUCAUUGGUAAAAUACCCAAAAGACCUAUCAUUUAAAUGCUACAGUUAAUUAGUUUAUUUUAUUGUGGAGCUGUUGAUUGAUAUCAGAGUGAAAGCUGUACUUAUUAAUGUUUUUAUUUUAACAAUGGAUUGAUUCUUGUGUGAUAUAGUGACAAACCCACAGAGAAUUAUCACACAACUGCAGUUCCCCCAGUUUAGUUUUUGUCACUCUCACUGUGAUUACUCAGCAUUACUUAACACACUACAUGCUAAAUCAUUAGCAUGUGCACUGUACAGUACAUGUAGUGCUGUCUAGCAGUUACAGAGUUAAACACUUGUCAGGCUUGUGCAAAAUGGGUCAAACUCCCAAGAAGCCAUUAUGCUCUUUUAAAACAUAAUUCUGUGGACAGGUAUUGGGAUCUAUCAGCUGCUUUUGAAUCUAUUGACUUAAAGUGUAAACCAUGGCAGUAAAAGUUCUCUUUUCCUUGGUGCUUGUUCAGAUUUGGCCUGUGCAGCUUUGGCACACACUCGCACACAGAGAGACGAGAGAAAAGUCAGUAUGCUAGUGCCGUUAGCCAGUUUCCUUCCCACCAGAAUGGAGCCUGGGGGUUGUUUCUUGUCAGCCGUGAGCUCUAACCUCUGUUAUUUCUGUCCUGUUUAUGUUGAAAACACUCAUUUAAACAGACACGCACAAUAUCAUACUCUGACACAAACACAGCAGCGUACCAUUAGACACUAUGCUCACUUCAGCGUUACACACAUAAACACUCCUUGACUUUACUCUUAUUAGACAUUUGGUGUGACUAGUCCCCCUUAGGCCCACCCUGAGGCCUCUGGCUGUCAUGUCUUCUUUCCCUCUCUUUUGCCUUCCUCUCUCUGCCCCACUGUCCCAUUUCCUCCGCCUCACUUUGACUCAAUAAAGAGACCAUCUUUUACUUUUGGACUAGUUAAAUUAAAUAAAAGCAUCAACUGUGUGUGUACACUUCAGGUAGUGGAAAAAGCAUGCAAUAUACAUUAGUCUAGAUGUGAAGUGAGGUUUGUUGACACUGUAUAUGUGUAUAUGACUGUCUGAUAUAAGGGAAUACUAUACAAUGAUCCAGAUGUAAUAUUUUAUUCAUAAUUAAUAUAAAAUAUAUGACUGAACACUCAGUAAUAAACUUAAAACUUCCUGUUA